AUAAGCUAUGUCCAUUUCCCAAUCUCCACCGUACAUCUCCAUUUUCGCCAGAGCCGGAUUCAACGAUUGCACACUCCACGGAACAAACUCGAGACCUCCAAGCUGAAAGCUCCUGCUCCGUCCAUGUCGCGGGCUCGGCCGAGUCAUCCCCGAGCCGAGCGAGCCGGCAAUCCUGUUAUACCUGAGCGGAGAAUUAUUAUCCCGAACAAGCAUGGUGAAAAUCUUGUUGGCAUAUUACACGAGACAGGCUCGAAGGAGCUUGUCAUGUUGUGUCAUGGAUUCCAGUCUUCAAAGGAGCGCAUUCCUAUGAUAAACCUUGCCAUUGCUUUGGAGAGGGAAGGAAUCAGCGCUUUCCGUUUUGACUUUGCAGGAAAUGGGGAAAGCGAAGGUUCAUUCCAGUAUGGUAACUAUUGGAGAGAAGCUGAUGACUUACGGGCCGUAAUUGAACAUUUCUUGGGGCAGAAACGUUUAAUAAAGGCAAUUAUUGGACACAGCAAAGGAGGAAAUGUAGUGCUCUUGUAUGCGUCAAAGUAUGAUGACGUAAAUACUGUAGUCAAUAUAUCUGGACGUUUCAAUCUGGAGAGAGGCAUUGAAGGUCGAUUAGGUAAAGAUUUUCUACAAAGGAUCAAGAAGAAUGGAUUUAUUGACGUGAAGAAUAAAAGAGGAGAGUUUGAGUACCGAGUAACAGAAGAAAGUUUGAUGGAGCGCCUUACAACUGAUACUCGUACAUCAUCCCAAAUGAUUUCCAGAGACUGCAGGGUGUUGACUGUUCAUGGUUCCCUUGACAAAAUUGUACCAGCUGAAGAUUCUCUGGAGUUUGCCAAGGUCAUAUCGAAUCACAAGCUGUGCAUCAUGGAAGGAGCUGAUCAUGAAUACACCUCGCAUCAAGAUGAGUUAACUUCUGUUGUCUUGGAUUUUGUGAAGACUGAUAGUUGUCCAAACAAAGGCACGGUCAACCCGUUUCCGCCAUCAAAACCUGCCAAAUCUCCUCAUUCAAGGAUGUGAAAAUAUCAUCGAUUCUGCUGCCCUUUUUUACUUUCAAUACGAGGACUCGCAGAGCCAUGCAGACAAGCAGUCCUCUUACUUGUCCUCACCUUUCCCAGCUAUUCAGGCACAUCGACAUCAUAGUAGGAAAAACUGUGCCCAUCAUGCAACUUGGUGUCAUGUUUCUAGUCAAAUGGAAGUAAAUGUUGCGACUUGCAUUAUUACAGCCUUGCAAAUACUCGUAGAUUUUCGAGCCAACUGUACUAGAACAGCCAAGGUAAGCACUGGCAACAGGCAGGUCAUUCUUUGAUGUCA